AGAUAGAGAAUCCCAAAAAUGACAUCUCGAUUGCGGUGGAGGAGCAAGGGAGCGCCUGGGACGCUGAGAGAAGAAAAGAAGUCCGAGCUAGCUCAUCACUCUUAGAGCUUUAUCGACACAGCAAAUCACGGUGCGCAGUUCGGAUUCGCCUCAGACUUUUUAUCGCCUCUUUGGAAAUGGAGUUGCAUUGUUGAGAAAAUCUCCAGAAGGAAUUUGUUGUUGCUAGUUGAGGAGAGAAGUGAGAGCCGUUAAGGCUCCGUUUCCUGUUUCCCAGCAGCAGCAGCGCAGCAGGGUUCAAGAAGCCCCGCAGGGCUCGCUGAGACCCGGUCCUACUUCCCCCGCUUCUAACCGCUGCCAGUCCGCUGCCGGUCCGCUGCCGGUCCGCUGCCAGUCCGCUGCCAGUCCGCUGCCAGUCCGCUGCCAGUCGGCUGACGGUCCGCUGCCAGUCCGCUGCCCCGUCCCGCCGCCCCGAAACUCGGUUGAAAAGAAAUGUGCGACCUGCUGCCAGCCUCCCAGCCCCCGGAGAAAAUAGGCAAAAUGAAAAAGUUGAGGAGAACUUUGUCCGAGAGUUUCAGGAGUAUUGCUUUCAAGAAAGAGGACAGCGGCUUUGAUGAGAUAUGUGUCACAAAGAUGUCCACACGCAGCUGCCAGGGAACAGACUCGGUCAUCAAGCCCCUGGACACCAUCCCUGAGGACAAGAAGGUGAGAGUGCAGCGCACGCAGAGCGGCUUCGACGCGUUCGAGAAGCCAGCCAGCCAGGUGAAGAGGGUCCACUCCGAGAACAAUGCCUGCAUCAGCGCCAAGAGCUCGUCCGCCGGCAAGGAGUCGCCCAAACUGCGGCGCCACUCCAGCCCUAGUUCUCCAACAAGCCCCAAGUUUGGAAAAGCUGAUUCCUAUGAAAAGCUGGAGAAACUGGGCGAAGGUUCAUACGCCACAGUGUACAAAGGAAAGAGCAAGGUGAAUGGGAAGCUGGUGGCUCUGAAGGUGAUCCGUCUGCAAGAGGAGGAAGGGACGCCGUUCACCGCCAUACGAGAAGCAUCUCUUCUUAAAGGCCUGAAGCAUUCCAACAUCGUGCUCCUCCAUGACAUCAUCCACACCAAGGAAACCCUGACUCUGGUCUUCGAAUAUGUGCACACAGACCUGUGUCAGUACAUGGACAAACACCCUGGGGGUCUCCAUCCAGACAAUGUGAAGCUGUUCCUGUUCCAGUUACUGAGAGGCCUGUCCUACAUCCACCAGAGGUACAUCCUUCACCGGGACCUGAAACCACAAAACCUGCUCAUCGGCGACACUGGAGAGCUCAAACUUGCUGACUUCGGCCUGGCCAGGGCCAAGUCCAUCCCCAGCCAUACCUACUCCAACGAGGUGGUGACCCUAUGGUACCGGCCUCCAGAUGUCCUGCUGGGAUCCACAGACUACUCCACCUGCCUGGACAUGUGGGGAGUGGGCUGCAUUUUCAUCGAAAUGAUCCAAGGCGUGGCUGCCUUUCCCGGGAUGAAGGACAUCCAAGACCAGCUGGAGAGGAUAUUCCUGGUCCUCGGCACCCCAUCUGAGGACACCUGGCCUGGGGUUAACUCUUUGCCACACUUCAAACCCGACCGCUUCACAGUGUACAGCGCUAAGAAGCUCCGACAAGCGUGGAACAAGUUGGGCUACGUGGACCAUGCCGAGGAGUUGGCUUCCAGGUUCCUCCAGUGCUUCCCAAAGAACCGGCUGUCGGCCCAGGCAGCGCUGAACCACGAAUACUUCAGCAACCUUCCUCCACGGCUCUGUGAGCUGAACGACAUGUCUUCUAUCUUCACCGUACCAAAUGUCAAGCUGCAGACGGAGAGCGGGGACAGCAUACAGGUGUGCACGCGGAGGAACAGUCACGGGAAGGCUUCCUCUGGCAACAAACACUGACCUGAGGCAGCAUCCUGCACGCCGUCGCCUGACAGGUGGCUGUUGGAAAAAAAGCAAAAGAUGAAGACAAAGAUGGUGAGAUGGAGGAUCCAGACGAAUGGAAGAGCCCCAGUUCUCUUUAUUUAUUACCUUCACAGUGUGUGUGUGUGUGUGUGUGUGUGUGUGUGUGUGUGUGUGUGU